AUGACCGCCAUUCAGAAGGACUUAGGCUACAGGAAUGGGCCAACAGGAACCUUCAGAGAUUCAGCAACAACAAACGCAAAGUCCUGCAUCCAGGAAGCAGAUGCCCCUUACAGCGAUACAGGUUGGGACUUAUCAGCUAUGGACCAGCUCUGGGGUCCUGGUGGAACGAGGAGAGUACGAGCUGCAAGAAGGCUGCGCCAUGGACCUGAUGGUAUGAGAGGACAACGAGGAGUCAUUUCCAGUGUUUCGACUCAGCAAAGCAAUUUCGGAAAUGAAGCAUCCUGCAAAAAACGAGAGGAUUAUUUGGAAUGGCCUGAAUAUUUUAUGGCAGUAGCUUUUUUGUCAGCACAAAGAAGCAAGGAUCCAAGUUCUCAGGUUGGUGCCUGCAUUGUAAAUUCAGAAAACAAGAUUGUUGGAAUUGGAUACAACGGGAUGCCUAAUGGCUGCAGUGAUGAUGUACUACCCUGGACAAGAACAGCAGCACAUAGACUAGACACAAAAUAUCCUUAUGUGUGCCAUGCCGAAUUGAAUGCCAUCAUGAACAAAAACUCAGCUGAUGUGAAAGGCUGCAGCAUGUAUGUUGCCUUAUUUCCAUGUAAUGAAUGUGCAAAACUCAUCAUUCAGGCAGGCAUAAAGGAAGUUAUUUUUAUGUCUGACAAGUAUCAUGACACUACAGAAAUGACAGCUGCACGGCGGAUGUUUGAUUUAGCAGGUAUUACGUACAGGGAAUUCAAGCCAAAGUGUGACAAGAUCAUCAUCGACUUUGAUUCAAUUAACAGCAGACCAAGUCAAAAGCUCCUGUGAAUUAAGUCUCAUUAAGUGUCUAGAAGACUGUGAUUAUCCUUUUCUAAAAAGCUGCUAAUGCCUUUCAUCUUGAAGUUACUUGCAACUUUUUAAUGGCUUCUGUAGCUAAAGUAGACUUCUAAGAAAGAAAUCCAAGGCAUAAAAUGUCCCCCUCACUUCAUCUUGUCAUGUGGAAUCUAAAUCUACUUAAAAUUUCUUAAUGCCUUUAUCAAAACUGCUUAAAAAGUCUAGAGACAUGUAGAUGAGACAAUAUAAUGUCUGUAAAGACAACUGUUCUGAUUCUUGCUGUAUUCAUCACCACGUGCUCUGAUAGGCUGUCAGCAUUGAUUUAGACUUGGUUUAACAGUAGUACUUAUUGUAACCAGUAGUACAGUGGAAUAUGCUAAUAUAUGUUGAUCUCUGUUGGAUAUGUGGAUCUAAAUAGUUGAUCCUAAUAAAGGACAAAAAAUGUUAUUCGUGCAAAUACUAAUCUUCCAACUAGCGUAACACUAAUAUUUUAAAAGGUUAUACAGCUUAAAGAAUGUGUGAUAUUCUGCAUGUGUUGUCCAACAAAUGAAGUACUGAUUUUUCUUUUAAUUGCUGCCUAACACUGUCAUACAUGGGGAGGGGUGAGGGAGGAAGUUGUUCUGAGAAUGGUCGGUGCCGGACCGAGCUUUACAGGUGCUUUCAAGUCCUUGUUUUCCCCAAGACCGCAGAAUUGGAGGGGGCUGAGGGAGUAAAUCAUUUGGCUGUCUACCUUUGGGACUUUUACUUGGAGUUGGUUUUCAUAUGUAGAAGGAAAUUAUUUUAUUGGUCUAAGCUGUUUCUAGACAAUCCAACAUAGUUCAGGCUUAAAAUCAACCUGUACGGUAACCGAAUCAUUUUUUGUCCUCUGAGAGAAAUUGGAGAUAGUCAACCCAUAUCCAUAUCUGUGCCAAAAGAGGUAAUGAUGGUGUUAGCUUGUUUCCCAGUGCUGGCGUAGUACCUUCAUUUUCAUAAAUGUUGCCUAAAAUAAUAUCCUUUUUAAUUUUAUCUUGAGAUCUGGGAAUAGAUUUGAGUUCCUUUUCUCUAAUUUGAUUUUUUAAAAUUAAAUAUGCCUAAUGGCUUUGUUUAGAUAACAUUGGUGGUGGUUUGUUUUUUUUUAAAUGUGGUUAUACUUCAAUGAGCUUUUAUUUUCUCUGUAAAAGCUUUGUUUCAUGUUUUGGGACAUUAUGUAAUUUGGCUUCAUACCAGUAUUAUUAAAGUCUUAUUAAAAUCCA